GUGGCGACAUGGGAGGACUGUUGACGGAGGUGCCAUGGCUGCCCGCGUUUGUCAGGGAAGCGGAGCUCUCGGUUCCCCUCCGAGUCGGGCCUCCUGACGCCGCCAGUGGGCGGGGCCCCCCGGGCCGUCGCCGCCGCUGUCAUGUAUCCGCCUCCGCUGCCGCCGCCGCCGCCGCCGCAUCGGGACUUCAUCUCGGUGACGCUGAGCCUCGGCGAGAGCUACGACAACAGCAAAGGCUGGCGGCGGCGCUCGUGCUGGAGGAAAUGGAAACAGCUGUCGCGGUUACAGAGGAAUGUCGUCAUCCUUCUCUCUGCUUUUCUGUUUAUCUGUGGGUUCCUGUCCUACAUGAAUACCGCAGACCACUGGAAAGCCCUGAGUGGCAGGUCAUCAGAAAAUCAGAAGGUGCAACCAGACUUCUCUGGACCGAAACCAGCAAACCCGCCUGUCUUACCGGCUCCUCACACUGCAGGGGCUGCCCAAGGCUUCCCAGAGAUUCCACCUCAGAAGCCUCGGAAGCAUUCCCGACGGGGACCACCCAGCCUGCAGAUCAGAGCCCCAGAUAAAGAUGUGAAGGAUGGGAUUCAGGACCUCGCAGAGCAGGAGAGAGAGGAGCUGAGUAUCACGUACAGGGAGGAGAACAUGCGGAGGACCGUCAUCAGCUGGAGAGGAGCCGUCAUUGAGCACGAGCUGGUCACUGAGUCCCCAUCCAGGAGAGCAGACGUCCACACCCAGCGCCUGGUCCCAGAAGCCAGGACUCUGAAAGUGUCAGCUCCCCCAAACAAACGCCAAAAGGCCGUGGUGGACGCAUUCCGCCACGCAUGGAAGGGCUACCGCAAGUACGCGUGGGGCCACGACGAGCUGAGGCCCCUGUCCAAGUCCUUCGGCGAGUGGUUCGGCCUCGGCCUCACCCUGGUCGACGCCCUGGACACUAUGUGGAUUCUGGGCCUGAAAAAAGAGUUUGAAGAAGCCAGGAAGUGGGUGUUACAGAAGUUACAGUUCCAGAAAGACGUGGACGUCAACCUAUUUGAGAGCACGAUCCGGAUCCUGGGGGGGCUGCUGAGCACGUACCACCUGACAGGGGACAGCCUGUUCCUGGAGAAAGCUAAAGAUUUUGGACAUCGGCUGAUGCCUGCGUUCCGGACUCCCUCCAAGAUCCCAUACUCCGAUGUGAAUAUCGGCACUGGCAAUGCCCACCCUCCCCGGUGGACCUCGGACAGCACGGUGGCCGAGGUGACCAGCAUUCAGCUGGAAUUCCGGGAGCUCUCUCGUCUCACAGGAAAUGAGAAAUUCCAGGAGGCCGUGGCGGAGGUGACACGGUGUGUCCACUCGCUGUCUGGGAAGAAGGACGGGCUGGUGCCCAUGUUCAUCAAUACCCACAGUGGCCACUUCACACACCUGGGAGUAUACACGCUGGGAGCCAGGGCUGACAGCUACUACGAGUACCUGCUGAAGCAGUGGAUCCAGGGAGGGAAGAAGGAGACGCAGCUCCUGGAGGACUACGUGGAGGCCAUCGAGGGCGUGAAGAAGCACCUGCUGCACAGCUCUGAGCCCAGCAAGCUCACCUUUGUCGGGGAGCUGGCCCAUGGUCGCUUCAGUGCCAAGAUGGACCACCUGGUGUGCUUCUUGCCAGGCACGCUGGCUCUGGGGGCCCACCAUGGGCUGCCAGCCGAGCACAUGGACCUGGCCAAGGCGCUGAUGGAGACCUGCUACCAGAUGAACCGCCAGAUGAAGACGGGGCUGAGCCCAGAGAUCGCCCACUUCAAUGUGGUCCCCCAGGAGGGCCACCAGGACGUGGAGGUCAAGCCGGCAGACAGGCACAACCUGCUGCGCCCGGAGACGGUGGAGAGCCUGUUCUACCUGCACCGCUGCACGGGGGACAGCAAGUACCAGGACUGGGGCUGGGAGAUCCUGCAAAGCUUUAACACCUACACACGGGUCCCCACAGGCGGCUACUCCUCUAUCAACAAUGUCCAGGAUCCCCAGAAUCCAGGCCCGAGGGACAAGAUGGAGAGCUUCUUUUUGGGGGAAACGCUGAAGUACCUGUACCUGCUCUUCUCUGAUGACGCAGACCUGCUCAGCGUGGACGCCUAUGUGUUCAAUACGGAGGCCCACCCCCUGCCCAUCUGGACUCCCUCCUAGGGUUUGGGGACCCGGGCAGGAGCAGUGGACAGAGGCUGACCAGGGCGUGGGCAUCCUUGAUCUUAGCCGUGGGUCUCCUACUGGUCAUUGGUGCCUGUCGAGCUCCAGGUUGCACUGGGACAGAGCCCGGUGGGCAGCCAGCCGGACGCCUCAGGGCCAGGCGCCAGCCUCAGGGCAGCAGCUCUGGACUGUUCCCCACCUGACUCCUAGUCAGGAGCCACCAGGACCACGUCAGAAUAAACCGUGGCAGGUGUGUGAUCCACGUGGCCCAGCCCACCGCAACCUCCUCUUCCUUCCUCAAGACUAAUCAUGACUUGUGAUUCCAGGGCUGGAACCUCCUGUCUGUGCUGGGUCUGGGCUGCUAGGUGUCCUGUUCAGAGAGGAGCUGAGCGCCCGGCCCAGGACAUGGCUGGGCUCAGGCUCAGCCAGCCUGUGAGCGUCCUGGGCCCAGGGGGCUUGUGGUGGUGGCGGCUGUGCCCCAUGGGGACAUCGGGCUCAGGGCCGGCUCUCGUGUUUACACGUUGGACUCAGGGAUUCCAGCCGCCCUGCAGGGGCUCAGAGGGCCGGGUGACACGUUCAUCCUGCUUUCAGCCGCCCGGUGGAGUGGGGCUUUUAAAAUUAGGAUAAACAUGGAUUUGCUCUCA